AUGCCUUAUUUCGCAGUAGUUGCUGCCAUUGUCUCAUAUUUGCUCCUCGUGCGAGCGCUGCGGUAUCGUCGUCGAGAUGAAAUUUUGCGCAGGUAUCCCCAGUACCAAACGCGAGAGGAAAUGGCGUCCAUGUCAAUAUCAGAAGCCGCUUCGAUCUUGAAGGAGCUUGGAAGCAGAGAGUUCCCAACGACGUUCUACACCUCGGUGUCUUUUGCCCUGUUCAAGACGUAUGGCAUUCCAACGAUUUCCAAAUUGCUAGUAGCGACAAGCCAGCUCUCAGGGGACACCACGGCGUCGAAACGUCGAACGGACACCGGGGUACUAAUGUCGGAAAUCAUCUGGAAUACGCCGGACUCUAGAAGAAACAUCGACGCAAUUGCCCGUGUCAACUUCCUCCACAGUCGUUGGAGACAAGCCGGCAAGAUCUCCAACGAUGACAUGCUCUUCACCCUCGGCCUCUUCGUCCUCGAGCCCAUACGCUGGACGGCUUUGUACGAGUGGAGAGACCUUACCAUGUUCGAGAAGAACGCCAUGGCCAUCUUCUGGAGAGACCUGGGCAACGAAAUGGGAAUCUCGUAUGAGUGCCUGGUGCCCUACAUGCGCGAAAACAAGGACGCUCUGGCCUGGGUUGAAGCACUCCAGAAGUGGUGCUCGAAGUAUCAAGAGCACCACAUGGUGUACGCCGUCUCCAACACAAAGCUCGCCCACGCGAACGUUAAGCUGCUUCUCAUGGAUUUUCCGAGAUUCACACAGAACUUUGUGCUCAGACAACUGCGCUGUCUGAUGGAACCCCAGCUUCGACAAUCGAUGGGAUACGAAGACCCGAGCAGGCUCGAUUCCUACAUUUUUGAGAACCUAGUCGCCAUCCGUCGAGCCAUACUCAAACACCUUUCUCUCCCCAGGCCGGAAUGGUGGACAUACCCAAUGAUCCUGGAUGUCGACAAGAAAACAGGCAGAUUCUACGCCCCGACUUACCUCGCGCAUCCGUACUACGUCAAACCGAGCUUCUACUCGCGAUGGGGACCCUCUGCUCUCUACACUCGACUUAUCGGCGGGUACCUCCCGGGAGAUCAAGGCUCGAAAUUUCACCCCGAAGGUUACACAAUUCCCGAGGUUGGUCCCGAGUCUCAGAGAUGCAAGGGCCAGGAGUACAUGUGCCUUGAACGGCAAAGAAUCGAGAAAUCCAGAGGUUGCCCUAUGGCAUUCCAGGCUUAG